AUGACGAUGACCGACUUGGGCGUGGAAUGUGUGGUCGGGCUAUGCAUGGCGGCGGCCAUCUGGUGGGUCGCGCGUAGGAGGUGUCGCUCCCACACGGAGGAGCCCAAGACGCGCCUCGACUCGGCCGACCCGGCCAAGGUCAUGGCCCUCGCCGACGACGCCGCAGCCGCCGCCCACGACGCGCUCCUGGCCGAGUGCGACAGCACCAGCGAAGCCGACGAUGACGACAGCAGCGUGCAUUCUCUAGACGAGCAACCUCCUCAACCUCCUCAACACCAACACGAAGACUCGCCGUUGAACAAGGAGGAAGAUGAUGAUGAAGAUGAAGAUGACGACGACGAUGAAGCGGCUGAGACGGACGUGACCGAGCAUGAUGAUGGCGGCGACGAAGAGGUCGAGGACGAAGAUGACGAAGACGACAACAACGAAGAUAGACCCUUGAUAGACGAGAAGAUGAUGGAGGAGACGAUGGCGCGGGCGAUGGCGAUGGCGGCCAACAUGGGCGUCAACAUGUCCGAGAGCUUCAUGGCCAUGGAAGAGUUCCUGGUGCUCGAUACGCCUCAGCCCGCCGCCGCCAUCGAGGAGGAGCGCAUGCGGAUGGAGGACCCCGCCUCGUUCGUCCACCUCGACGAUGCCGGCAUCGACGACAACAGCGACGACAACGACAACGAGCAUGAAGGGGAGGACGAAGAGGAAGAAGAGAACGAGGAGGAGGAGGAAGAGAUGGAGAAGGAGAAGUCGGUGGGUGGCGAGGGCGAGCGUGAGCCGUCGUCGCAGGGUUUGAUGUCGGCGUUCUGGGCCAAGUGCGAGUACAAGGACGAGUGCAACCUGUGCCACUCGCCCUUCUCCUUCCUCGUCAGAAGGCACCACUGCCGCAAGUGCUGCGCCUCAGUCUGUAGCGGGUACGACGCACUGCAACGCGCUGCUGCGAUGACGAUGACGAUGACGAUGCUGUGUCCUGAUGAUGUGGAUAUGGAACGCAGGUGUUCGUCGAACAGCGCGGCGUUGGAGGAGUUCGGCGGCAGCGUGGAGCGGGUGUGCGACCGCUGCUGGGCCUCGGUGCAGAUGGCGGCCGCCGACGAUCGCCACCAGGAGGAGGACCACGACGCCGAUGACCAGCAGGACUCCGACGACGACGGCGGCGAAGAUGACAACGAGGCGGAGAAGGCGCUCUCCUCCUGA